CACCUUACAUGCUCUUUUGCAGUGCACCCUCAAAAUAAGUCCUUCUUCGCAUGUGUGCCUCUGGAGGAGCAUUCCUAGCAACUCCCUUGUAAAAUAUUUCAGGAUUCUCCCGAGUAGCUGUCUCGAAUCACUGAGAGGUCUAGCCAUGACUAAAGAAGAUGCGCAAGGAGCGGGCGAGGAGGAGCUGCAGGCCCAGUCGAAGAAAGGGCUGAAGAAACAGCAGAAGGAAGCGGAGAAAGCAGCGAAGAAGGCUGAGAAGCAGGCCAAGCUGGCCGCGGAGCAGCAGAGCACAGAUGAAGAUGACUUUGCCAAGGAUCGGUACGGCGUGUCCCCGAUGGUCCAGUCCCAGCAGAAACUUGACAGGGUGUUGGUCCGCGUCCAGGAGCUGACACCACAGAGGGCUGACCAGCUGAUCUGGUUGCGUGCCAGGGUUCACACCAGCAGAGCCAAAGGGAAGCAGUGCUUCUUGGUCCUGCGUCAGCAGCAGUUUAAUGUGCAGGCCCUGGUCGCCGUGGGAGAUCGCGCCAGCAAGCAGAUGGUCAAGUUUGCCGCCAACCUCAACAAGGAGAGCAUCGUGGAUGUGGAGGCUGUGGUGAGGAAGGUGGACCAGAAGAUCGAGAGCUGCACUCAGCAGGAUGUGGAGCUGCACAUUGAGAGGAUGUUCGUGAUCAGCAUGGCUGAGCCACGUCUGCCCCUGCAGUUGGAGGAUGCCGUUCGACCCGAGGGGGAGGGGGAUGAGGAAGGCAGAGCCACUGUCAAUCAGGACACCAAACUGGACAACCGUGUCAUCGAUCUCCGAACUACGACCAGCCAGGCCAUCUUUCGCCUGCAGUCGGGCGUCUGCCAGCUCUUCAGAGACACGCUCAUCAAGAAGGACUUUGUGGAGAUUCAGACGCCCAAAAUCAUCUCUGCUGCCAGUGAGGGGGGUGCCAACGUCUUCACCGUGUCCUACUUCAAGACCAGCGCCUACCUGGCCCAGUCCCCCCAGCUCUACAAGCAGAUGUGCAUCUGCGCUGAUUUUGACAAAGUGUUCUGUGUGGGACCUGUUUUCAGGGCAGAGGAUUCAAACACUCAUCGUCACCUGACUGAGUUUGUGGGCCUGGAUAUCGAGAUGGCUUUCAGCUACCAUUACCAUGAGGUCAUCGACUCCAUCACUGACACAAUGGUGCAGAUCUUCAAAGGCCUUCAAGACAAGUUCCAGACAGAGAUCCAGACUGUGAAUAAACAGUACCCCAGUGAACCCUUUAAGUUCCUGGAGCCCACUCUGAGGCUGGAGUACCUGGAGGGUGUUGCCAUGCUACGGGCAGCAGGAGUGGAGAUGGGUGAUGAGGAAGACCUGAGCACCCCCAACGAGAAGCUGCUUGGCCGUCUUGUGAAAGAGAAAUAUGACACUGACUUCUACGUGCUGGACAAAUACCCCUUGGCCGUCAGACCUUUUUACACAAUGCCUGAUCCCAGCGACCAGAAAUACUCCAACUCCUACGACAUGUUCAUGAGAGGGGAGGAGAUCCUGUCUGGAGCUCAGAGAGUACACGAUGCCCAGCUGCUGACUGAGAGAGCCACGCAUCACAACAUUGACCUGGAGAAGAUCAAGGCGUACAUCGACUCUUUCCGGUAUGGCGCUCCUCCACAUGCCGGUGGUGGCAUUGGGCUGGAGAGAGUGGUCAUGCUGUAUCUGGGGCUCCACAAUAUCCGCCAGACGUCCAUGUUCCCUCGCGACCCCAAGCGCCUCACACCUUAAGGGCUCACCGGAGCGGGAUCGCUUGCAGAGCCUGUCUAACAUCACCUUCUUUCUUUUAUAUGCAAUAAUGCAGGGAAUGGUCAAGUGCCAUGACACUGCAGUGCCACUGUCAUUGACAAAAGUGUCAGUGUACCCUCUUAAAACCAAGUACUAAACUGUAGUAAGCUGACAGGUCUGUAGGCUGAUAGACACAAUCACAGAGGAAUUAAUAUAAUAUAAUAUGAGUCACUCACUCAAAGGGAAUCAAGGUGUUCUACAUGAUCUAGAUGGGUGAAGGUAUGUCAUAAACAUGCAAUGCAGUUCUCACUAAGGCUAGCCUCGAGUGUUAGAAAGUCUCUGAAAGAUGUCUGACACUUUUCUACAAGUCCAACUUUGCUACAUUUGACACUAAAGAGGUUCAACUGUCAUCAAAUCAUUGUUUUAAUGGUACCUAAGUGUUAAUUGUAAUACAUGUUUUUAAAAGAUUAAAUAAAUACAGCUGUUCUAGAA